AAGCCUGAAGCAGCUUCUCAGACUCCGUAGCUCCGGGCUUCGGCGAUUUCUUUUCCCUCGAAAUUCCUAAUGUCCGGCGAUGCGAUGCCGUGCUUUGAGUGGUUGCGGCAGCGAAUCGAGUCCGACAUAUCACCUGACAUCGCCUUUCUCUACGGGAUCUCUUAUUCCGCCCUCAACUUCGGUUCCGCUGCCGUUGUUCAGUGUGGAUGAAAAUGCACAGCAUCAAGAUGCUAAGGAUUCAUCAAAAAACAGUUUUAGUUGUGUGAAUCUUCAAAGCUCUUCCAUAAAUUCUUCUGAAAAAUUCUUACGCCUUAAGAUACUUUCUGUUUUGUCUCCUCACGCGAUUUCCUGUCGAAAUUCCUACUCCGCAAUCAAAGAUCUUGUCUUGAAAUAUUUAUCAGAAUCAACCGAAGAUUAUGUGGUCUCAUCGCUAAAUUCCUUUGUGGAAGGAGAAUCGGCUGAUCGGUACAGCAUAAAUUUUCUAAAAUUAGUUGGAUUUCCUUCAUUUGCUGGAAGUCCUUUUCAACGUUGCUUGAGACACCCAAAUAUCUCACCCUUAUUGGGUGUAAUUAAUGCUUCUGGUUAUGAUUAUUUGUUGCAUCCAAAAGCUUCUUUUACUCUGGAAAACAUUCUUCAUUUCAGCCCAAAUUGUUUGAGAUCAGAUUGGCAAAUUCGAUUUUUGAUUUACCAGAUGUUCUCAGCUUUGACUUACAUUCAUGAUUUAGGAAUUCCGCAUGGUAACUUAUGCCCUUCAAGCAUUCUGCUCUCUGAUUCAUUGUGGGUUUGGUUGAGUUUGGCUGAUAUGUCAAUUAUGAAGCACAGAAUUAGCGAAAAUGGUCAAAUUUCAUCCUUGUCAGACCCAAAUCAUCACAUCAAUUGUUUUUCCUGUCAAGCAAUUCAUUCCAAUGCACAACUCUCAGCGCCGAUCAACUGGCACUCAAUUUUCUUGAAAUGGUGGAAAGGUGAGUUGAGCAAUUAUGAAUACCUUCUUGUUUUGAAUAAAUUAGCUGGGAGAAGGUGGGGCGACCACACUUUCCAUACCGUCAUGCCAUGGGUAAUCGAUUUUACCAUAAAACCUGAUGAAAAAUCUGAUUUUGGCUGGAGAGACUUGAAGAAAAGUAAGUGGAGGCUGGCAAAAGGCGACGAACAAUUGGAUUUCACUUAUUCUACAUCAGAAAUUCCUCAUCAUGUCUCCGACGAAUGUCUUUCAGAGUUAGCUGUUUGCAGCUAUAAAGCUCGAAGGUUACCUCUGAACAUUCUUCGUUCGGCCGUCCGCUCGGUUUAUGAACCGAACGAGUAUCCGUCGAACAUGCAGAGACUCUACCAAUGGACUCCAGAUGAGUCCAUCCCUGAGUUCUACAGUGAUCCUCGUAUUUUUUCUUCAAUUCAUUCCGAAAUGAGUGAUUUAGCUGUCCCCUCUUGGUCUUCAUCUCCUGAAGAAUUUAUUUUCGAGCAUCGAAAAGCUUUGGAAAGUGAUCAUGUAUCGAGUCAACUUCAUCAUUGGAUCGAUAUAACCUUUGGUUAUAAGCUUUCUGGCGAAGCAUCUAUUGAAGCAAAGAAUGUGAUGCUUCCUGUAGCUGAUAUAUCAGUGCCAAGAUCAAUGGGACGUCGACAACUCUUUACCCGGCCGCAUCCUAUGCGGCGUAAUGUGAAAUAUCGUUCAGAUUAUACAAGCCGCAACAAAGCUAAUUAUAACCUUACAGCUUCUGAAUUUCUGGAAAAUUUAGAGGAGGCAAUUUCAUUUUGUGAUUCAGCACGACACCUAAAUCCAGUAUAUAGUUAUGAUAAAAAUUUGCUUGGAAAGUUUCGUGUUUUAGAUUUUCCACAGGGUAUUCAUCUAAAUGUCGAUAAUGGCAAGUCUAAUGGUGAUGAUAAUGCUGAUGACAAAGCUAUUUUCAAUAAUGUUUAUUGGAAUAUGGAUUAUUUAGAGGCAGCGGGAAGUUCUUCGGUUUCUUUUCCUUUUGGUUUGGGCCAUCUUCUUGUCUUUUUAGAGGGUGAUGAUAAUGGGUCUACCAGCUUUCAGGAGUUGUUGCGUUGGAGGCAUUUAUCAUCUCCUUCGAGAGGUUAUUCUGAAGAUCUUGCUGGGGAUGUAUUUUCGAUUGGGUGUAUAAUGGCUGAGCUCUAUUUGAGAAAGCCAUUGUUUGAUCCCGUCUCCUUAUGCGAAUACAAAGAAAAUGGGGUGUUACCUGGAAGUAUGCAGGAGCUUCCCCCUUGCGUUGCAGUUUUGGUUGAAGCAGCUAUUCAAAGGGAUUGGAAAAGUAGGCCUGCAGCUAAAUGUUUUCUGGAGUCGCCAUACUUCUCUGCAUCAAUUAGAGGGGUUUAUUUAUUCUUAGCUCCACUUCAACUCUUAUCGAGACCUGGCUCUCGUCUCCGGUAUGCUGCGAGGCUUGCUAUUGAAGGUGCUUUAAAAGCAAUGGGAACAUACGCUGCAGAAAUGUGCGCUUCGUAUUGUUUACCACUUAUCAUGUCUGCUAUAUCUGAUUUUGAAGCUGAGCCCGCCUUGUGCCUAUUGAAAGAAUUUCUUAAGUGCCUCGACACUUGGGCAAUUAGGGAGCUCCUUUUGCCUACCAUUCAGAAAAUUUUACAUGCAUCGGAAUAUUCACAUCUAAAGGUCUCCAUUCUCCAAGAAUCAUUCGUUCGUGACCUGUGGAAGCAACUAGGUAAACAAGCAUACCUAGAGAGUUUUCAUCCUUUGGUGAUAUCAAACUUGUGCAAUUCGCACGACAAGGUGUCUGUUUCUGUUGCGUCGGUUGUUUUAAUUGGUUCUAGCGAAGAACUUGGCAUCCCCAUUACAAUUCACCAGACACUCUUACCUGUCAUCUAUUGCUUCGGUAAAGGCCUUUCUGCUGACGGAAUUGACACCCUGGUUAGAGUUGGCGGGCUUCUCGGGAAAAAUUUCAUCGUCAGACAGCUUUUACCUUUAAUACGUAAUCUCAUUCUCACUUGUGUUGAUGCUUCUUACGCGAGCAAACCUGAGCCUAUGCGCAGCUGGAUAGGUUUAGCUUUGAUUGAUAGCUUUUCUUUUCUUGACGGGCUUGUUUCUCUUUUGCCGUCAGAGAUCAUCUUAAGGGAGCUGGUUCAGGAACAAACCUGUCUCCAUGUUAAGGUUCUCAUGCAGACUAAUCUUGACCUCCCUGUGCUUCAGGCUACUGCAUCAGCACUCAUUGCAUUUUGUCAGAGGAUUGGAUCAGAGUCAACUGCUUCAUUUAUCGUACCACAACUGAAGGCAAUAUUCGAUGCGCUGGCUUUCUCUCAGCCCCCAACUUCGGAGGUUGGUUCCAACGGAAAAAGCAUGAAGGUUUCAACAUCAAAAUCAGAAGAGAAAUUCCAGAUCGGAAGCCGAAUGGACUUAGUGUUAUUUUUAUAUCCUUCUUUGGCAUGUCUUAUUGGAAUCGAGAGGCUUCGCCAAUGCUGUUCAACUUGGUUUCUUUUGGAGCAAAUUCUUAACCGAGACCACAAUUGGCAAAGUACAACCCCGCUAAACUGCUUCUCAACGGGGUCGGAUGGUCAAUUCCGCAGUCGAAAGGAGUUCUCGGUGGCACAAAUAUGAUGAAUAGCAAUCAAGAAGAUGAGCUUCUACAAAGUUUAUCUUCGAAGCCUUCCAUGGCUCCUCAUAUCCUUGAACAAAACGAGCC